AUGGGUACCUUGGAUCUCUCAAGUCGGCUCAGUGGGAGAUGGCUGAUCACUGUUGUUACUGUCGCAAAUGCUUGCUCAAUGGCAUGGUUUGGCUAUGAUCAAGGAGUCUUUUCAGGAGUUCUAAUCUCGGCCGACUUCAAGAAAUAUUUCCCACAGACGAAAGAUUCAAAUAUCUCUGGCAUUACAUCGAGUUGCUUCUCUCUUGGUGCGUUUUUCGGCGCUAUAUUUGCUUUUACCCUCGGCGACAGGCUCGGUCGAAAGAAGACAAUUACACUCGGCUUGGUGUGCAACACCAUUGGUGCGGUCCUUCAGGUUGUCUCCUGGCAUUUCCCACAGCUGAUAAUUGGCCGUGUUAUCAAUGGAUUUGGUAUGGGAUUGACCUCAUCGACGUGUCCUGUGUACCAAGCUGAGUGCUCCAAACCACGAGUUCGUGGUAAGCUCGUGGUAGUCGGUUCUCUCUCCAACACUGCAGCCUUUUGUUUAGCUAACUGGAUGAACUAUGGUUUAUUCUUUCAAGGGGAGGCCCUACAGUGGAGAUUUCCUUUAGGAUUCCAACUCAUAUUCCCAUGCAUUGUGGUUGGUGCACUGAUAUUCGUUCCCGAGUCCCCGAGAUGGCUUUUGCUUAAGGAUCGACACGAGGAGGCGCUUGCAGUAAUUGCGAGACUGGAGGGUAAAAAUAUGGACGUUCACGACCCAAAUGUGACUGCCCAAUUCUUAUCGAUACGGUCGGCACUUGAGAUUGAGCGUCAAAGCCAGGUACCUAUGAUUGAUGUAUUGAUGUGCCGCGACAAGACACAAAAUCUCCGGCGGCUUCUCUUGUCCUGUGGUACUCAGUUCAUGCAACAAUUCAGCGGUGUGAAUGCUCUUGGAUAUUAUCUUCCAACACUCUUGCAGGAAAGUGUCGGCCUCGGAGAAGAGGAGAGUCGCUUGCUUACUGCUGUCAAUGGCACGACUUAUCUAUUCGCCGCGUUUUGUUGUCUGGCAAUUAUUGAUCGUGUUGGGCGUCGCAAGCUAAUGCUCUAUGGCUCGGUAACUAUGGGCGCAUGCUAUCUAAUCGCUGCAAUGUGCCUGAGAACUGGCGAGGGUGAUCCAUCACGAAAGCAACUGAUGGGACGGGUAACAACUGCUAUGUUCUUUUUGUAUUACUUCUUCUAUGGAACAAGUUUUGCCAAAGUCCCCUGGGUCUAUAACUCUGAGGUGAACUCACUAGGCUGGCGCACUCGUGGAGCUGCAGCGGCCACAGCCACCAACUGGAUGGGCGGAUUCAUUGUGACGCAGUUCACUAGUGUUGGUGUCAAUAAUCUACACUGGCGGUUUUAUCUGAUUUUCGCCGUCAUUGCAUGGUCCUAUUUCCCUAUAAUCUUCUGUCUCUAUCCGGAAACUUCGCGACGCACCUUGGAGGACAUGGACGAGAUUUUCAUCCAAUAUCCCUCACCGAUUGUGUGUGGCAAGCAAGAACUGACCCAACGUAAGCGUCCACAGACAUUUAUCGACGCAGAAAGAAAUCGCAUUAUGGAGAACGCGGAAUUAGGAAAAAAUAUUAAAGGGGCAACGACAGCACAUUACGAGCAUGUCUAG